GUGGCGGCAAAAUUGGAACUGAGCCCUCCCCCGUGAUCGAAGUGAAGCGGAGCCCCUCUUUCCUCAUGUCGGGUACCGGGUUUUGAACAUUGGUUGUAGGUCUUUAUGAUGGAACAGGCUUCGAGGAAAAAGCUGUGGUUUUGGUCUCUCUUUCCCAAAGCACAAUGCGAAUCGCUUCAUGGUCAUGUAAGCCUUAGAAUCACCGUGUUGUAACCGCUGUAGCGGUCGAAUGUGACCCGUUCAUCAUUGGAUAAUCACUGGAUUGUAUAUUUUGCUUUCUCCACAGUAUUUGAAGCCGGCCGAUCCAAAUGAGCUGAGAAAAAUCUUUAACAAGGUAAGCUGGGGAAAAGGUCAAUCAAGAAAAGGUUGUUAUCGAAGAUUAACGAGAACGUAUUGUAUAAAAACGAUGCCUUUGUAUAAUCAAGAUUGUUUUAGUUUCGCCCCUAAUACGCCAUAAAUAUCAAUAAUUAGCCGUUUCUUGGAAGUGGGGGAAGUAUAAAACAGGCAAUUUUGCAAACCAUAAUCUGUCAAAAUCUUUACAUGAAAUGCUGAGGAAAGAUUACUCCCGGGAUUAAUACAAUGUACAAUGCUAGUAAACCACGUACCUGCACUAAUCUGACUUCUGCAAGUUCAUAUUAACCACAGAAUAUGGGUAGCUUAAACUACGGCAGUACUUGUCUGUUUCUGUCUUUAUAGUUGACCUUGAACGUAUCGCUUAAAGGUCGUAAUUUUGUGGUACAAAAUCCUUGAUUGAAGCAAACUCGCUUUAAAGAUCAAGAUCUUUUAGUUUAGACAACAGGACAAACUUCAUUGGUUCCUAAUUAAAACUCAUGCAUGGUUAAACUACAUAAAACUAGGAAGUGUUAGCUAUGAAGCUAUGAUUGAAGUCAAUGAGCCUGUAAAUUUUUCGAUUUACUAGAGCACUAAUGUCUACAUUUACGUACAUAGAGCACCCUAUUAACAACCCUCUUUUAACCCCAACGCUGUGAUUUAAGGAGAAUUGAAGGGAGCUCAGUGCUCUGAACCUUUGAAAUCUAGGGUGCCUGCAGAUGAUGCUUUAUUGCAAUCCAGGGGUCCCGAGCUCAGUCCCUGCCUUAACUACUUCCUGAAUUUGUUUGCAGUAGUCCCAGGUGCAACUUCUCGGUCUUACUUGUAAAGUAACCAACUACAUGUAGGUUGCCUCAGCUAUAGUCUUGGCUAUAUUGUUCAUGAUAUAUUUUCCAAACAUUAUCGAGUCCUCAUUCCUUCCAACCCUUGCAUCAUAAAAAUGAUUAAUACGACCAGAUUGUCACAAUAUCAUGAUGGUCGCAGAUGAUCCGGUCCCAACUUUUCCAGGUACUGCUGACGAGUGAAUGCACAGAAUCGUAGACAUUGGGAUCAUCUAAGAUGGUUGCAGACAAACUGGAAAAAUUGGGAAUUGCUCCUUUUUUCAUCAUAUCCAUGUGCCAGAUUUCUGAAAGAUCAGUGAUCAUUCCCUAGGGUGUCAGCAAUUGACAUGGUUGGCAAUAGUUUUUGCUUUAGACCUGGAGGGGUCGUCCUUCUUUCCUCAGAACCACGUGCGGUGAACGAAAGAGUAAAAUCAUGCAAGUUAAUUGGAAAAAUGUGGCUUGGUACCAAUCUCAUGUUUAUUCCAGUCCCUGUUCCCUCUGAAAUAAACAAAAAAACAAACAACUUUUACAUGCUCUGAGGCCUCUCAGAUAUUUCAGCAUAUCAGCAAAAUCUGGCAUGAUUGGGAAGCAGUGGAAUCUGUGCUGAUUUGGGAAUUUCCUGAUGCUGAAAUAAUAAUCAGCAUUCCAGCUGCUUUUUGGUGCUAUUUUAGAUGUCAAAUGUUGUUUUAAUUCUAGUGAUUCCCAAAUGUUUGCUCACUGCAUUGCUUCUGUAUUUUCUGUGUUUGAAAUGUAUAAAGAGCCAGUUACUCAUGGUGACAAGCUUUUCUUGUAACAUGUAUGAUACAGACAUUCAUAAGAGUAAGUUGUAGAUUUUAAAUGAAGAUACGUUCAUCACAGUGGUAAUUGCAACUUAAGCAAUUCAAAUUAACACAAAUAAAAUUUCCGGACUUUAAUGGGAUUUGAACCCAUGGCCUCUUGGUUAGUGCUACAGUACUCUACAAACUGAGCUAUGAAGACCCAUACAAGUUGGAAUGCCAUGGAGGUCCUGAAAUAUUUUUGGGUUAAUUUGCAGUUGCUUGAAUUUCAAAUACCACUGCGACAAUCAUAUCUUCAUGUUAAUUUGAAUUUCCACAGUUCACACCAUCUCCAUUCUAAGUAAGUUAUAAAAGUACCAAUUUGUUCGAGUUUUGAACUACUUUGCAUCAUACUGCAAGCAGGAGUGCUACAUGUACCACUGUCAUGUAGCAUUGUGUUAGUUGUCUCUGCUUACACUUGCAUUCUCUGUAAGUUUAAAGCACAAAAACAUAACAAGCUUUACACCAGAGGAAAGAAGCAUUAGUUUAGGAUAAAGAUAACCAAUUUUCUGCAAGCAGGACCUCACUCUCUUUCUGUCUCUUGCAGUAUGCAACAGUCGAACAAGAGGGUGAAAAGUUCAUGACCCCUGUGAAUCUCAUCCGAGACUACCUUGGCAUGCAAAAGGUUGAUGAUUAUAAUGAAACAACUUUGGGUCUUCUGGCUGGAUGUGUUGAUCAAACAAAAGAUGGGUAUGCUUGAUGUUCACUUACUGUAUAGAACUUAUUUAUGUGUAGACUCAUAUAGUAACUAAGAGUAACCCCCCUCCCUGAUCCCUAACCAUCACCCUGUACCCGCAUUUAAUAAGACCACAGGAGUUGUCUAACAAAGGUUUGAUCAUAAAUUUAUCCUGGAGAUUUGAGGACUUGUUAUUGAUAUGAGACUUUGAAGAUAAUGGAAAUACCUACAUUUAAUUUCCUACAUGCUCCCGCUAACCAAAAAAAACUUUCUUAAUGAUUUAUUUAAUAUUAGCAUUAUUCAAGGAUAAUAUCUUCUGCCUCUGGUUAUGUUGUUGUGUAUAAUUUUUGCAAUGGAACAUGAAAAUUAGCGCUCUCUCUCACACAUGUACAUUGUGUACAAUGGAACUGUAACAGUUUUUCCAAGGAGUUUGACCUUUGUCUUCCUCUCCUUUGUAGGUUGAUAUCCUUCAGUGAAUUCUUAGCAUUUGAGGCUUUACUGUGUGAUCCCAGUGCUCAGCACAAGAUUGUCUUUCAACUGUUUGACUUAGAUGGCAAAGGAUCAGUCACAUUUGGUAUGAGUUCCCAUUAGAUUCUGUUGAUUCUGAGUGUAUGUUUUUGUUUUGAUUUGCUUUGCUCUGCUCUCUAUUUUGCGCUUCACCACUAUAGCAGUGUUCUCACCAGGAUUUUGCCUUGGGGAGUCCCAGGGCCCCCUCUUCUGAGAAAUAGGGGCCCUGUAAGAACAUUAGGGGGACAAAGUUACAAAAAACACGCGGUACGAAGAACCUGAGCCCGCACUCCAAAUUGUCUGUUACAUAAAGUACCUACCUGAUCCAAUAUGGCGGAAGAGGUGUUUACGAUUUGGAGGAGGAGUUUACGAUGUAGUGGGACGUGCGUGGGACCAAUGAAAGUAAAGGCAACAAAAUUAAAGACUUUGACUCAUUUUGAUAUCGUGUUUUUUCUUUAUUCAAACAAACAGAAUGCUUUAGUGUUAGGUUGACCAUUAAAACUACUUAAGUCCGUUUGACUCGUAGCUUGCCCCUGCGCCCUAACGGGCGCAUCUUCUUGGUUUUAAUGCGCCAUUUCGGUUUUUCUUGCGGGAAUCCCGCAAGGCCGCAGCCUGGUGAGAACACUGCUAUAGAGUGUUUUCUCUCAUGUUGCCAAGAAGAGAAAAUGUUUAAAUAAGAAAAGAGUUCAACUCCCACGGGAUUGGUGUUGGACACCAAAAUGGCAGACGUGAUGUCAUGUGAAAAGGGGCAUAGAUUUAUGGCUUCUAGUGACAAAAUACUUGAAAUACUCCUGAAAAUUUGAAUUAGGUACAUGUACAGUGUAGAAGAGGAAAAGUAAGUAGCCAGCAAUAAAUAGGAUCAAAAGGUACUUAAUGCCUCUAAUGUGGUGCAGCUGCAUUAAGGUGUUUUUAGGUAAGAAAGAGCUUCCCCGUUUUGUCAGAAAAAUAAUAUUAACAUUUAAUUUUGAGGGCCGGGAAAAGUACAUUUCAGUGCACUUUGAUUAACCGGGUGAAGAAUUUUAGCUGGGAGGAUGUCAGUUUUAUUUAGUGUUCUUUGCAAGAAGGUUUUGGUCAUUGUUGUGUUUUUUUUUGUGUUUUCAGAUGAGUUUGAGAAUGUCAUCAAAAAAACAACUUUCUUCAACAAAAUAAUUUUUGACUUUGACACUGAGUUUGUUAAGACAUAUUUUGGGAAAGAGAAGAAGGCACAUGUCCGUUUUGAUGACUUCUCUCAUUUGCUACAGGUUUGUAGCAUUUUUAUUAUACCCACUGUCAGCAGUAUAGUAAUAUAAAAAAUAAUAUUAAAUUAUGUAUCAGGGUGCAAAGAAAGUCAGUUUUACUGCCUGCCAUUCAGGCAAGCUGUCACUAGCAUGUACUGGCCCACAAGUCAUUUCCAUUAGCCCCCAAACCCUUUUUGAUCAGCAGGAUUGAUUACAAUCCUUCUGUAAUUUGAAUUUCCCCAAAAAACAGCACUUGCCGUCAGGCAAGUUAAGAACAAAGAUCAGUAGUAGCCCGAUAGCAAAUUCCACAAGCCCUGGGGUAUUGGACGUGACUUUCUUUGCACGCUGUGUCUGAUUAUUUUUGUUAGUCAUUUAGAUUAUGUUGAUGGCUGUCUUUAAGUACUCAAUCAGAAAAUGACUUUUACAUGUACAUGUAUAGCAAUUAUCCCAGCUGCUCUUAUUUUUGAAUGAGUACAAUUUAUUGUACAGUACGUAUUGUAAAAUUGUAAGUUGUAAUUUGUUUACCCACGGAGCACUAAGGAGGUCAUAAGAACUUGUUGAAAGGCGUCGGUGCGUUCCAGAUCAAACUGGAAUGUGAAAGUGUUGGUUUUUAAGGAGAAGGGAAAACCGGAGUACCCAGAAAAAACCUCUCGGAGCAGGGAGAGAACCAACAUAUGAUGUCGAUGCUGGGAUUUGCACCGGAGUCACAUUGGUGGGAGGCGAGUGUUCUCACGACUGCGCCACCCAUACCUGUAAGCGCCAUCCAUAUGAUGGAUGACAGAGGCAGUGUGGCCAAGCAGUUGGAGCACUAGCCUUAUAAUUUAUAGGCCCUGAGGUCAAGUCCCACCCUGACCACUAGCUGGAUUUGUUCUUGGUAGUCCCGAGUUGAAUUUCCCAGGCACCCUUUAAAUAGCCAAUGGUUUGCCUCCUACCAUUUGGGAUCUUUAACCCUUUUAUAUUUAUGUUAUUUGUUUUGUGAUCCCUGAAAAGCGCCGUAAGGGGACAGGAUAAUUAAAUUAUUAUUAUUAUUAUUAUUAUUAUUAUAUAGAAAUGCUGCGAAGGAAUUUUUAAGAAAACUGAGGAAUUUAACAGAAAUAAUUCUGUAUGUUUAUGUGCCAUGUCAAUAUUUUAUUCUGUUUAGGACAUUCGACUCCCUUUUUUGUGCAUGGCAAAUUUUAGUCAUCUAUUUAGAAGAGUGCCUCAGAAGCAUUCAUAAUAUUAAAGUCAAUACUCGUACAUUCAAUUGUCUUUAAUAAUAAUUUAUUCAGUCCUGCCCAUGGGUGUAUCCAGAAAAAUUUUGAGGAAUGGGUGGCUAGGUCAUUUUGCAGCUAUAUAGAUGGUAUUUAUUUUAAAGAUAAUUCUUUAAAUUUAAAGACAGCUGAACCUCCACCAAUGGCCACCUCUACACAAUGGCCUCCUUUCUACAACAGUCUUCUGAUCCCAAGGUGGCCUUUGGAGAGUAGUUCAAUAAUAUUGUGAUACAACGUUUCACUGAAAAUUCGCCCAUGCUUCUUUCAGUUAUAAGUCAACCAUUGUAUAAGAUGUUCUGUAGGCAGAGCUACACUAUUGUAGUAGUCCUUGCUACACAUGAUCUGCUUUAUUAAUGAUUGUUAUCCUGCUAUUUUGGCUAUGGUUAGCGACGUGAGAAAUUAAGGGCUGAAUAGAUUUAUUGUUUACAGAGCAUAAGGCCACACUCUGUAUAAAGCCUGUAUCAUUAACAAUAUUGACCAUUUGUUCCCCCAAAUGUUAAAAUCUUUGUUGAUUCUUGUUGUUUACAGGAUUUAGAGAAAGAAUAUCAGCGGCAAGCUUUCUUCCAAAGCAAAGUGGCUGAUGGAGAGAUAACAGCUGUCAAGUUUGCAGAAAUCAUGAAAACCCUUAGAGGACAUAAACUGUCUCCUUUUGUCAGGAAUUAUCUUCUAACUGUAAGUAAUGGUUACAGGACUGAGUGGAGUCCAAUUCGGUCUGUAAUCAUGCGAGUGAUUAACAUUUGUUUAAUCACGGGUUUGAUUACAGACUGAAUUAGACGACACGAAGUUCUGUUACCAAUUAAUCAUAACUUUAACAAAAUUUGUGAUGUAAUAGGCUAUUUUUAAAAUCAAAACACAAGAAAUGCGAAAUUUAGUUAUGCUAACAGUGAAAAAAAAAGCCAUUUGAGCGCGCGUGAUGGCUCAUACUGUCCAAUUAUUUAGGCAUGACGCGUACUGUCCUAUUAAACUGUUCAAUUAAGGCUGAUAUCAGGGCAGUUGAUAGCCAAUCAGAUUUGACAAUUUUGUGAUAGUUAUGAUUAGGACAGUAAUAGAUUUUUCAGGAGUGAUCUAAUUAAACAGCUGUUUUGGAGAAAAAUGCUUAUGACCUUAUUGUAUGAUUGUUCAAGUGCAAUAAUUAUUAUUGUAAAUCAUUUUGUGCCACCAUUUCUCUUGUUGCAUAUUUGAAUAUUCUGAAAUGUAUUUAACAAAAUUAAUGUAAGUAUAAAAUGCAUAGUAAAACUAACCACUAAAUUGAGCCAAAACAAAUCAUGAAAAGCUGUUUUUAAAAUAUUAUUUCUUUGCAGUCAUGUUUAACUUACACAUAGUGUGCAAAACAUUUUAUAAUGUGCACAGGUUUAGCAUUUAUCGAAAUAACUAGUUUCAAACAUACAGAGUGAUAUGGUGAACAUUACAUGUAUUUUGUUAUCUCAUUUUUGAGGCUCUUAAAAUAUUAGCACAUACACAGGGCUCGAAAUUAAAAAAGUCCUCAGGUCGCCUUUUGGCGACCAACUGGAGAAAUAUGGUCGCCAGAUGUAAAUUUUUAGUCGCCAGUUUGUAUAUAUGACGCAGCUCAUAGUCAGGGCUUCUGAUUUUUCGCGACGUCAAAACAUGCAAAAUACCGCGAAAUCCGGUAGAAAUCUUAUCAAAUACAUGUCUGUACAACAUAUUUGAAACUUUUCUCAGCUAUUGGGGCUAUUAACUUGCCCGUAAACGUGUAAAUUUAUCUUGAAACUUCGUCACUUAAACGUGCAAACAACGUCCCGAAACUCCGAAACUACUGGGUGUAGAUUAUGUUGCGAAAAACUGGGCACUAGCCAUGAUGUUAAAGGCUUUGCCAUUGGUUCAGUGCCGGAGCGUAUUGUUGUUGAAAGAGCAAAUGAUGACCUCUGUUAGAAAAACAUUAAAAACGCUGGUCUGGUCAGCGCCAAACCGAUCGAUCUCUGACGAAGUUUUCCCUGAAAAUAACCACAUAAUCAGCCUUUUUUGACCGAUUGAUUUUCGGCUAAGUUUGCCCCAAAUCCUGCGAAAUCGGUCGAUUUUUCCGCGAAUCUGCCCCUAAAAAUCCCGCGAAAUUUGACUUUUUUUCUACGACCUAUCAGAAGCCCUGCAUAGUAUGAUGCGAUCCAUCAGAUUUGAAAAUAUCGUGGAUAGAAGUCGGUAUAAACUUGGUGGUAAACUGGCUCUGUUUAUGCGAUUUGGCACAUUUUUUUAUGAUGAAAGCAAAGCAAGAUAAGAUGAAAUGUUUGUUUUAACUUUACUCUUUUAAUUUAAAUCUAAAUCGUAGAGAAAUCUAGUCGCCAGUGUGGCAACUAAACUAGAAUUUUUAGUCGCCAAGGAGAAAAUAUUAGUCGCAUUGGCGACCGUAUCAGUCGCAAUUUCGAGCCCUGAUACGUACAGGAUGUGUAAGUGUACUGUUCAGUAGUAUUCUUAUUAAAGUAAGGAACUUCUUCUGUAACAGUAUAUGUAUUUUUGUAAUUUUGAUUUUGAUACUACCUGUACAUUCUCAGUGGCAUAAGAUGUAUGAUGAUGAUGUAUAGUGUUUGGUUACUUGGGAGAAAUAAUUUAUGCUUCAACCAACAUACUUGUCACAAAUAUGUGCGCUAAGGGUGUUCUUUUGUUUCAUCAAUAGGCUGGUAGUGGAGAGGGUGGUCAUCGUGUGAGUUAUGGGUAUUACAGAGCCUUCAAUACCAUGUUAGAUCAUGUACAAGUCCUUUACAAUAUGGCAGUCUCAGCUGCAAAGGGAAAUCGCUUCAAAGAACUCAGGAAAGGUAUACAGUCACAUUACUUAGAGACCCAUACAUGUACAUGCAUACAGCUGUAUGUUAUAUUAUUUAUUGCCCAUACACUGUAGAAAGUUGUUUGGUUUUUCAUGUAUUUCUUUUUUCCCAUUUUCCUGUUGUUAUUCUUGAAUUAAUUGCAAAAUAAUUUUGGAAUUGAAAUGAUAUCAGUGUGAAAAUUUGGUGCACUACUCUGAGCCAAGGAUGUAGUUAUUAAUUACUGUCACUGGCUCAAAGUUUAUUUUUCCUCUUUUUGUUGGUACAGUUAUGUGUGGAAAGUGAGUUUCAAAAAAAGGAAAAUAAAGUUUAAACAAUAUCACAACAGUCAUGUGCACGACAUGUAAGUGUAUUAAUGUGGUUCUCAAAAUGAUUUGAGAGCCAACAAUAAUUUACUGAGGAAAAGGAAAAUUGGUUGAAAUUGUUUGGACGUUUAAAUAAUCAGGACUAUGGUGUUUAACAGGCAAAAAAAGUGUUGAAAAACUGUUUACAGUGUAUGUACAAUGUACAGUUUAAACUGUCUUAGUGUGCAAAUUCUGCAUAUUACCGGUAAUUUGAACCAAGGAUUUACAACUGUUAAGUAAUAAUCUUAUACAGUUGAACCUCCAUGUGCGACCACCUCCCAUAAGUGCCCGCCAAUUCAAAACACCAAAACUUUCCCAGUCAAAGCUUCACAGUUGAAACCUCUUGUAAACGACCUCCUCCUGUAAGUGUCUGCAGCCACUUUUUGGGCCUGAAUGUUGAAUGAUUCUCUACUGGUUUUAACCUGUUGUAAGCAACUACUUGACGGAUUCUCUGAUCUCAAUGUUCACUGUGCACUAUGCUACUUAGAAUACAUGAGGAGCUUUAGAAACAACACGGAACUACACAUGGCAUAACUUAGAAAUUGUAUGCAAUAAAUUAUCUUCCAUAAAGUAGAUGUGCUCGGACCUCUUCUAGGAAGAGGCCCCCUGUGGAUCAAUUCUUGUAAGCAACCACUAAGUCUUUGCAUUUUCGGUGAUCGUUUAUAGGAGGUUCGACUGUGUUAAUAAUAAUGCUCUAAUUUUAUCGGUGUUUUUCCUCUGUUUUUUUGGCACUGUUAUGUGUGGGGAUUCCACUGUACAGCUGAAGUUAGAGAACUUUGUUUCCUUUCUGCACCUCCCGACUUUGGAGUUAAAAAAUACAGCUGUGUCUGUUAUGAUGAUAAGUGCAAACUAGACAGCUCCAUCAGCUAAAGAAACUACUAAUUAGAAUACUAAUGUUUUCAUUUCAGUGGAUCUUUUAAAUGAAUCCAAGGCUGAUUCAGAGGUUUGUAAUCAUUUUCUGUUGUGCUUUUCUCCUAUAAGGGAAAACAGAAUACUUGUUUUAACAUGUACAUUAACACUUUGAAAAUGGAAUCCCCCCCUGCAACUGAAUUCUAACACUCCGAAUCAAUGGCUAAUCAUGUCGUUUCAUUAUUGUUUUAAAAAUAAUUGGUAAAACCAGUAGCAUGAAUUUAUUGAGGAGUAUUUUGGAUUUGAAUUCAUUUCAAAUGGAAAAGGAAUUAAUUUUUUCCUUCACCUGGCCUGCCAUCCACACGUGUCGGUGUCCGAUGGAAACAGUCAAAGAACACGCUGCUUUUCAACAAAGCGUACAAUUUAUUGACUGUAUUUGGUUAUCAUAAUAAAUGGAGUGAUUGUUUGAAAAGUUGGAACAGCGAGGUGUUAGUUGAAAAGAAAAUAAGGACAUACAUAUAAACUUUUAGGGCUACAGCUGCAUAUAAUAUUGACAAAGCCACCCUGAGGUCAGAUACCUUAAGAGUUGUUUUAAACAUUAGGUUAUUAAAGAGAAAAACUGCAUACAUGGGAAGUCUUUUACUCUUACAUGUGUUUUCACAGAUUACUCCUCUAGUUAUUGACAUUCUUUUCCAUUUGUGUGACUUGGAACACAGAAGAGGGUAGGUACACACCUUGAAAUAAUAUUCUGUAGCAGAUUCAAUGUGAAUCCUUUUUGAACUCUUAGGAAAGGAACCUCGCCGAUUCCGAGAUUCUGUCUUAACAUUGACCAUGCUAGCCUGAGAAAACAGCCAACAUUUGGCGACGCUACCAUUGGUUUCCCCGCCAAAUGACGUCUGAGAAGCGAGCGCAGAAAUUCCAUAUUGAUGACGCGUCACUACUCAGAUCUGGAUAGUGCUUCCGAUUGGUGAAUCAAAUUUUCUACGCGGCACGACCAAUCAGAAGCACUACCCAGAUCCUGGGUAGUGACGCGUCAUCAAUAUGGAAUUUCUGCGCUCGUUUCUCAGACGUCAUUUGGCGGGGAAACCAGUGGUAGCGUCGCCAAAUGCCGGCUGUUUUCUCAGGCUAUGAUCAUGCAUAUACAAAUGAAUUAAGUAACUUUCAUUGGGAAACACCCUGAGGAAUUAAGAAACAUACAUGUAGUCGUCAUAACAACAGCUGAUUACUCGCUACACGAGCCGCCCGUCAGCGACUUUUAUCGAGAAUUUUAGUUAACAGGGUAAUAUCAAAGUGGCCGUUGAUCAAGGGUGCACGGCUAGAUGCUUAUAGUCCUCUCGAAAUAUUUUAUAGUGGCAGACAUAACAGUAUAACUUAUUUUUGUAAGCAAUCGACUGUAAUUAGGUGAUCACGUUUUUUAUUCCAAGGGCACUGUGGUUGAACACAUGGGCAUAAUUUUUGCACUAAGGAGGGUCAUACAGCUGUAAAAACCAUCAAAGUUGUCUUGUUAAGGUUUAAUACAUGAAGUACAUUUAGAUGAGUGCAGAAAGUUGUAUGUAGUUGACAUAAUGCACAAAAUAAAAAACUCUGUUUUGAAUGUAACUGGAAUAGGUGAUAUUAUAAUGGUAGCAUUAGACAAUAAAUGCAAUUUAAUGUCAUCUGUGUCUAGGCGGGUUACAGUGUCUGAUGUACAUCAGAUUAUUCCCCAUCGGGAUGUCUUCAAGGUGUUUUCUACAGAAAGAAUUGAGGAAGAGGUAGGAGGUUUUUGCAGUCCACAUCUGCAGGAACUUUUUUUCCGCUAAACAGUAGUUGAAGGGAUUUACUCGGUUGAUGCAAAAUUUUCAUUUUGGGCUUCUCGUGUGAUCUUUCACCAGCUCGGCAAAGUCGUUAUAAAUUUAUCAAGUCAGUUUCGUCAGUAAAAAGAAGUAUGUUGCAGCUCCUCGUAAAAAAACAGCUAAGCGUUUUUAUUAACUGUUACACAGUGCUGUACAUGUACGUUACACAUGUACGUUUGCGCUAAAUAAGAAGACAUAAGCCGUUUUCUCGCGUUCCCCUUAUCCCUUUUUUAAAAUAGACGUUUAAACCGGGCGCAAGUUACUUAACAGGCAGGUCUAGGUAAUCUUAUUGUUCCUAUUGUAGUAGAGAGACGCUCAUUAGCUAUGGAGGAACCCAUUUAUUAGUAUGGAAGAACCAAUGUCUACCUACUUGUAGCUAGCUAGAAACUGACUGAGCACAUAAUUAGUAUGCAGGAAGACAGUGACUAGACAAUUAGUAUGCAGGAUUAGGCACUGACUAGGCACCAGACGGGCGUAAAAUGAUCCUCUACCACUACUUGUGUGUUUCGUUUUUUUGCUUUCAUCGUAUUUUUACCCUUUGGCUUGUUUCCGUUUAUUCUCACUGCUGGCCCUUUUAGCUUCGCGAGAUUUUUGCGAUAACGUAUUUCUAGUAGUGAUAUACACUGCAUGUAGAUCUUGGUCGUUCUUUAGCACAUAGACAAAUUGACAAAUAAAUUUGCACAUUUCACUCACCCAAACCUCCCUAGCUAACUUACUUGUAUUGUCUGUAUAUUAUUGACUUUAGAUGUUAACGGAGACCGUGGUGGAAAGCGAUCAAUCAAUACUUUGGAAAGCAUUAGAACAGGUUUAUCGGUUUGGAAUAGGAGCCGUAGCUGGAGGUAAGUGAAAUGUAAUCCAGCCUAUAGUUACAUAUACUUCAUGUAAGGUGUAUUAUACUCUUUCCACUGUUUUAAGGUUUCAUUGUUUGUGCUACGUCAUGUGCGUGAAGUUAAGACAGUAAGAUGUUGAUCCUGCGGGAGUUCAGAAGCUUUAGAGGAUUUCAGAGUAAAGCAUUUGCAUUAAGUGAAUUUAAUGGAAACAGAACGGACUAAAAAGGCCAAAGGUCAUAAACGUACUGACUACCAACUUUCGCUUAUCCCAAAAUUAUUGUAUAUUUAUUCGUUCACUUGGUUGACAGGAAGUGCAUUUUCCACCCAAGACCUCACUCUAUUCCUAUGAUUUUAGCCGGCGAGCAGGCCCGCUUUGUGUGAGUUCGGGAUAAUUUUGAAGGCGAAGCUGCCAGCGAAAAAUUGCACAAACGAUACGAUGAGCAGCUUCUGUUCGGUGGAUUGCACUUAAAUUAAUUUUAAAAUUAUUGAAUUUCCUUUUUAGCCGCGGGUGCAACUGCAGUCUACCCUAUUGACUUGGUAAAGACGAGAAUGCAGAACCAGCGAGCUGUGCUUGAACAUGAGAGAGUCUAUGCCAACAGCUUUGACUGCUUCUUUAAAGUCAUCAGAAAUGAAGGUCCACGAGGAUUGUACAGAGGUGAGUGAGUUCAACGUGCCAUGGCCAUUACACGAGAUACAAAAAGUUUGUUUGGUUGAAUGUUUUUUCAUUCCAAUUUUAAAAUUACCAUGUUUAAAAGAUCGAAAUGGUGAUGUUUAGAGAGCUGGCAAUUCGUCUUUAGCGAAGUAAAUCUUACUUGCAACAUAAUUCGUCAACGAUGCUGUUAGGCAGUUUCCACUUUGAUGAAAGCUUUACUUACAUUUUGCAACGAGAGGUUCAAGAAAAGAAAAACAAAACAAUCUAUUGAAGAGUACGUGAAUUGGUCACUUUAAAACGAGGAGGCGCCGAUAAUAAACGGUUCUAGAAAGCUGUUGUUGUUUACUUUCUAGAGAGAGGUUUCAAUAGUUUUGAAAGACUAUCAGUUUUGAAAACAAAAUAGCCUGGUCUGUUAGCGAGUACCCUCUCUCUCUUUCUUUCGAUUUGAUUUGAACAUUUGAUUUCGGAACGGGCCACCUGAGAUAAGUUAACUUUUGGAAAGACUUCUGGGACUGUUACCAGGUAGAAGGAAAAAAUUGUCCAAUAGCUGAUCGGCGCGUCACAAGUAACCAUCCCAGAAGCAAUUGCGGGACACGUUUCGGCUCCAGUUCCAUCCUCGAAUCUAAUGUGGCAAAUGUUACUCAGUGCAACGUACAUUAGUAAUAGCAUGAACAGUUUUAAUGUGGCGAAUGUUACUCAGUGCAAGUUUUAUUUAUAGCUGAUAGCUAUGCCUUGUUUAGCUACUCUGCCAGUUCUUACCGUUCUCUGCCCUAACAGUAGGGAGUUAAUACAACUACGACCACGACGACAGCAGCGGAAACGUCAGUAAUAAAAUGUAUUUGCGUUCUUCACACUUCAUCGCGAUUAUUAGAGACCGCAUUCAAAAAAAAUGAAAGGAAGAAAAAUUUGUCGUUAUUUCGUUUACGCCUUUCACUAAACGUGAAAUAAGGCAAUUUUAAGCGGUAAUCGUGAAGUGUUGGCCAAAAAAAUAUUAUAAUAAAAUAAAGUAAAAAGAGUGUGCUGUAUGUGCAGAGUUGUUGUUUUGCUUAUUUAAACUUAUUGUUCUAUUAUUGUUUUCCGGUCCCUGUCGUCUUCGUGGUCGCCCAAACCUCUAAAUAAUAGUGCGUAGAGUAUCAAUGUGGAGCGUUUGUUCGCACCCACAGACGAGAUGAACAUCAUCUCUCAUUUCUCCUGUACAAAAGUGUAGUUUCACUACUCCUCAAGCUGAUGGUUUUGAUUAUCAAUCAUUUUAAUUUGUUUAAAACUAAAAGACUUCAUGUGACCGCAGUAGGUUAUAGGGGCUUAAACUGUAGCGUGUUUCUUCCUUGACCUUUUCUUGUUUCGUAUUAAAAUAUAAACAAUUAAAGUAAAGUAUAUGUCUUUAUCAUAUGACUCAUACGCCUCUGCUAGAAAAGCAUAAUGAUCGAUGCGGGCUCGCUCCCUCAGAAAAAUUCCAGAACACAAUGGUCGUAUCACAUGAACGUUGUAUUUUCACAACGUGCAGGAGGGUAAAAGUGCAAGGUUUCUUUUAUUCAUGUUGCCUGUAGUGUAAUAUGUUCUUAGUUAUGAGUGACAUGAAUAUAAUUGACUCUUACGAGCUAUUGAUUGUAUUCAUUUUCUAGGUUUGCUACCCCAGCUCGUUGGUGUUGCUCCAGAGAAGGCCAUAAAAUUAACGGUGAGUUUACAGGGAUUGUCGUCCUACUUUCAGUCAAGCGGAUAGUACCUAUAAAAGAAACUGAAAUUUAUAAAAGAAACUGUACACUAAGUUUAGCAUGAACUGAUCUUCCUUCUGGAAAAUGUUUGGAAGGUUAGGCCAAAGUUUUAACGACUAUUAAAAGACCCUGAAAGUGUUGAUGCACUUCAAACGUUUAACCUUCAACAGAACCCUACCGUCAACUGUUAAACUCGUGUCUAACGUAAAAGAACCCGUACAGCAGCAAUCGUAAUUUGCAUAGGGUCUAAGCCAGUUUCCAUCUUCCUGGCAAUUCCCGAAAAUAAGGACACAAUAAAUGCCACCCGAAAGUUAAGGAAUGACCCUCUGAUCAAAUCAGUUAAGUUCACAUUUUAUUUUAUUUUUUGCUUCGUUUGAGCUCGAACAUCCCACAAAUAUUUUAAUAUCAAUUUUGUCUCCACUCAGCCUGUUCUUUAGACUCCUUCUUUUAUCUGUGUGUGUUUUCUUUCCACAGACGAAUGAUUUUGUCCGUGACGUGUUUCGAGACAAGGAUGGGUUUAUUAGCUUACCAUUUGAAAUAGUUGCCGGCGGAUGUGUAAGUAAACACGUUUUUUUUUCGGUGAAAAACUGAGACCGCAUAUGAUUGUGCUGUAAUAGUUUAAAUGGAAGAGGGAGAUCUGGGGUGAGGAGAGAGGGUUUUGAUGUACUGUGGAGCUUGUACCAUUUUAGGUGACAGAAAAGGACUGAGGAUAUUAUAAAAGUGAAGUUCUAUUCCAAAAAUUUGCUAUACUUUAUAAGUAUCCUAUGGUUGGAAAAGAUAUAAAAAAACCCUUUUGGUGGUAUACGGCACUGACCUUUUGCUGGGUUUCUUGGGUUUGUAAGACGCUCUUGUCUGUGAUUAUGUUGUACCCCAAGGCGAGUUUAAAAAUUACUUUUAAUUUACUACAUGUACUUACAGGUGCCGGAAGCUAAAUGCAAAUACGGCUUACUCCGCAGUGAACGCCGAAUCGCAAUUAAUUAAUGGUGUCUUAUCUGGGCUUGAUCAAUGUUCCAUGGGCUAUAGUUUUUUGGGUUAGGAAAGGGGCAUUUCAGUUUUCAGAUGAAAGUUCAACGACAUUUAUCAACCAUCGUCCAGGGUGGGUAGCUGAAAAUAACUCUCUGUACCAUUUGAUUUGUCAGCAAAUUUCUCCUUGUUCACUUGGCUUGUCUGAAGCGAAAUGACCGUCUUCACCUCGGCGUAACAUGUUUGACAAUUUCAGUUUAUUGUUUUACCAUAAGAUGUACAAAAAGAAGAAAUCUAAAUAUUUAUAAAGCUAAUGGCGAGGAAGCCCAAGGGAAACCACCUGGCUUAUAUAAGGAAUGGGCUCCCUCAGUUAAAUUAAUCCAACAAAAUAUGAACAGAAUUAUACAUGCAGAAAUCAAUGGCAGAGCUACAGUAAAUCUUAAAAUAUAUUAGAUAAUCGUAUUAAUCAUAGGCUUAAAAAAGCGAAAGGAAAAAAAACUGACAAAAGAAAUGAAAAGCAGAGGUUAAGAAAAAACUAAAUGAAUAUUUAUGAUAUGAUCACAUGCAGGGAGGUGCAGCUCAGGUUCUCUUCACCAAUCCUCUGGAGAUCGUCAAGAUUAGGCUACAGGUUGCAGGCGAGAUUGGAGCGGCUGGAGAAAAGGUCACCGCUUUACGAGUCAUCAGAGAGUUAGGGCUGGCAGGACUUUACAAGGUAAUCCCCUCUCAAUCACUCGCUGACUCAAAGAGUCAAAACUGGAUUGCUUGGAAAACUUGUAGUCUUCAUGUACUCUGUCGGGUGGACCAUCGCUUUCUCCACUUGUACGACUCCUACGACUCGACUACCAUUACACGGGGUCUCUUGUUAACAUCACAAGCAACAAAAAGUGUAAAAAUAGUCAUAUCUCUACAUUUUGUGUAGGAGUAAAGGCUCUAAGUAAUGACUUGAGGAUAGAAACGACCUAAAAUAGCAAUAAGAUAUGUUAUUUGGCUUUCUUCACAGGAAGAGAGCUGCAAGGUCCAGUCGAGUCGAGAAAUGCAUCUUAUUAAUGGGACUUAAAAAAUUUUGUUGCUUGUGAUGGUAACAAGAGACCCCAUGUAAUGAUAGUCGAGUCAUACGACUGGAGAAAGUGCUUGACCACCCGACAGAGUAAACUGUCGAGUUGACAAAUGCAUCUCACUAAGGGCUUAGAAAUUUUGUUGUAUGUCGAAUCGCGACAACUUGUCCGCUCGUACGAGUUGUGAAAAGUAUUUUCCCACUCGUAUCAUGUCGACAGUAUUGGAGAUGACUGGAGGGAAAAAAACGCUAAAAUAGCCGCCCCAAGCUCUCUUUGUAUUUUCUUGACUGAAUUGCUCUUUAUUGCUGUUACGUGGCAGGGUGCAAGAGCGUGUUUCCUACGUGACAUUCCAUUCUCCGGUAUAUAUUUUCCUACCUACGCACAUCUUAAGGAUCAUUUCGCAGACGAGAGUGGUCACGUGAGCGCUGGUGGACUCUUUGCCUCGGCCAUGACCGCAGGUGAUAAGAAUUGUUAAUACAAUUAUCUAUUUCUCAGUUUUGCAGUUUAUAAAUAGUCAAUGCAAAGGCGUUUAUGAACCUGCAAGGUAUGGCAGAUAAAGCAAUUUUCAAGCGGUCUGUCUUUUGAUAAAUCAACUCAUUCCUUUCGCCGAGUAUCGUUUGGACAAGAAAGAACCAAAACCUGUCCAUAUCUGUGUUUUGUAGUUCAUAACCUACGCGUGCUUUCCUUAUUUUCGUGCGCGAACACGAUGAAGAACCUAACAAAUGAAGUAAAAUGAUUGCCAGACGGUGGGUAGUCAGAUAAGAUGUUCACUCGAAUUUUGACAGGGAGCAAAUCUCUCCACCCCUCUUAGCAUAUCUCUGUCUUGUGUGACGGAAUCGCUCUCAUUUGUGCACGCUGGCGAGGAUCUCAUCACACUUUUUCUAAUGUUUCUGUUAUGUGUUUCGUAAGGUGUUCCGGCAGCCGCACUGGCCACACCAGCUGAUGUGAUCAAGACAAGACUACAGGUAACCAGAUGUUAUAUCUUAUGAAUUUAAUACCCUUGACAGAUGUGAAAAUCUUAAAAGAGCUCAUUCACUCGUUUAGAACGUGGCGAAAAAUAUGGCUAUGAUCUAAACGAGCGGGAGUCUGAUACGACUUAUGGCCGCCAAAGCUUUUGGGAUCGUUUAGAGGGACAGCAAAAAAAUGGCGGACAGCAGCAAGCCACACCCGUGAAGACGCCCUCAAGGUUCUUCUUACUGAAGAAUAGAUGCCUGGUGCAUUAGGAUCUUUAGGAGUUGCUGUAAGCAGAAAGCCUACUGAGUUCCACCUUUUAAAUAUGGACCUGAGCCCGCGAUCAAUUGAUAACUUUAAAAAAGUGCGUCACCUCCAUGAGUUGUAUACCUGGGCCCGCGAUACAGUCAUUUGACACUGGUCACUGGAUGCCCCUUUUUGAGAGCCGUCAAUUGACCAUAACAUGGAUGUUCUAUACAAAGUUAAAGAUAGAUAGUAUAUGCCCGUAGACUCCUAGGUAGUAUUUAAGUGUGACAUUUGACAUCGGUUUACAUGUAGUACAUGUACGGACGGUCGCCGGGCGAACGCUGACGUCGUAACCAAAAUUUCUCGGAUGGAUAGAUUACCAAAUUUUCUUAGCAGUGGGGCUCCUCUCGUGCGUGGAGCUCCGCUAUUAGAUUACAUUUCUAUUACUUAUAUUGCAAUGUGGAACACAGCAGUUGUAGUCCGUCAUGUUUGUUGAUCUUCAUGCUGUUCCUCCCAACAAUCAAAAAAAGCUUUGUGGUCGCAUAUCGUACCCAGUUUUUCACUCGUUUAGAACAUGGCGAAUUGGGAAUAGUUUUUUCGCUUUGAGCUGAUAUUUCUAGCCCUACCAAAAUUUCAGGAAUGUCACCAUGGCCUUGUUGAACGCAAGGGAUAACUGUUCCAUUCUUUUAUGAAGUAAAUCAUUUGUUUGAAAUGAUCAUGAUCACAAUAAGAUAGUAGUUUUACAAGUGAUGCUGGUGUUGGAUGUAUAAGAUUAAUUCAUACUUAAAACAUGGUGUAAACUGAUCCACACAAGCUUCUCUUCUCAAAUCAGAAUAUACUCAAGGCUCAGUCUUGUGAUGGUAGAUAAUUUAUGUUAAUAUCUACUAAAACACUGGAUAGUGUUUUUCGCGCGCUCUGAUUGGCUACUCAGUCAGUGAAUAUCCUGCACUAUUCACUGAUUCACCUCCAGUUCCUCCGAGCGAGCGACGCCAAACUCGCGUAGGUUGCGAGCAAAAUGCUUUCCCGGUUUGCUGCCGUAACAAACUAAGAAAUUUCACAACUAAUCAAGCAAGCUAUUUCCGAAAUACAUGAAGAAGGUGACGAAGUUCGGUUUGGAAGUUUUAACAGGUAAAGCUUUGUCUUUUUGACUUGAAUAGUUAUCGAUAAAACCGGUGAAAAAGUUUUUUGUUUGCAAAUGCAAAUUAAGCUUAAGUCUUGCGUUUCUUUAUUUAGUUGACUUGUUCAUAAAUAAGCUUAAAACUAAAUUUAAUAAUCUUUUUUACAGAAUUAUGUUAAAUACAAACAGAAUUCACAACUCCUUUUGAAGAAACUUCCCCGCAAGAGCUAAACAAACGCCUUCAAAAGUUUUAUUUGUCGCUACGAAAAAGCGACGACCGCUGCCGUUCGGUCAUCGCGCGCCAAAAUUGUAAUCGUUGGCAACAGUAAAUGAGUUAAAAAUCAUCAUUUUGUGCUCAAUUAUCUCACUGUUUUAGUAUGUACUAAAACAAUUAUUCACCUCAGUGUCGGUGGCUUCGCGGCCUCGGUAAAUAUUUAAUACUAGCCACCUCCACUUCGGUGAAUAAUUGUUAUAUGUAUAGCUACUGUUCGAAAACGAAUACAAAUUUCGCUGUUCUCGACAAUUUUAAAGAGUACUGCGGAAGUGAGGAAAAUUGUUAGAGUUUGAAUGGCUUUCUAGGUAUCGAUUGAAUUUGGGACUCGACCCAGGCCCUUGCGGCUUGAUCAAAGUAACCAAUUUUUCAGUGGACAGUGGGUCUAAAGCCCAGUUUUCUCGAGGAAACCUACUGUUAUAAACUGGAAAUCUUGACAAAAAACUAGGCAAUCUUUUCCUUUUACACGACAAAGGAGAACUUAAUGUCUGUGCAAGCUAGAAAGGGCUAGUCACUCAACGCCUCAAAAAAAAUGAAGCAAGACUUUGUUUGGUUUUUACUGAGUAGUGGGAGACGUUGACCUCGUUUGGUGUAGCGAGCAUACUCUGUUAGCUUGGCUUUUGGUUAUUGAGCGAACACGCACGCAGCGCAUUUUCAGCUGGAACAACAGAAGAACUUAGCGUGGGCAAUAAAUUAAAUAACAAACACUUACUGAAACCAAUUUUCAUCGCUCUAACUGCGUGUCCCGAAGCAAAUCUUCACUGAUUAUGUACUGAUUUUUAUGAGCGUGAUUUGCCCGCGCUUGCAGGUUAAAGCAAGAGCUGGUCAGCAGACUUACCGGGGAGUAAUUGACUGCGUAAGAAAAGUGUGGAAGGAAGAAGGAGGAAGAGCGUUUUGGAAAGGAGCAGGAGGUCUGUCUAUGCUUGUGUUUUGCUUGAUUUGUCCCUUUUUUCAUCUUCAGUGUUCUUACCCUUUUUUUCUCGGAAAUACAUUUACAAAGAAGCAGUUCUAGAAACUUGUUACUUCGAGGUUGACUUUUUUCAGGUGGACCUCGCUGAUUUUCUUCAAAAACACACUCGAUUUAGUUCGCGCACCAAAUGUCCCACCCAUUGUAACUGAUAUCCAUUUUAGGACUCGACAGACUCCUAAGCCUUUUUAAAGCAGAUCCAAUAUGUUGGUGUUGCCUCAUUCAGCCACGACUAAUUUCAGAUUAUUAGUCUACUCUGGCAGAUUAAUCUGAUUAUGGGUCAUUUGUCGUAAUUGCUUAUCCAUCAUGUUUCAGGUGAAGUUAUGAAUAUAUGAGAAAUCACAUAUGUGAACUGCGGAGUGAAGAAUUCAAUGAAGGAUGAUCGUCGCAGUUAUAUACGCAACUUUUGCAGUUGCGAAAAGAAAGCCUAAAAAAAAUUCAUGCUUUUACGGGAAUCGAACCCUUGACCUCUGCGAUACCGGUACAGCUAACAAUUAAGCUAACAAGCCAACUGGGAGCAGGUCGUUGAAUUGGUUCGUUAUAGACCCGUGGAAGGAUGAUGAUGAAGUUAUGAAUAUAUGAAAAAUCAUAUAUGUGGACUGCGGAGUGAAGAAUCAACUGCGAUGAUCAUCCUCCAUUUAAUUCCAUCAUGUUUCAUUGAUAGACCACGCAACGGUCAGGGGUACUUACCUACCAUUUUCUUUGAAAAAACAGAAAUUCUGUUUGGAAAAUCAAUUGGUUCCCGCAAAUCCGUUUGGAAAGCUUCAGAAAAAAGGGGGCUAUGAUUUGAGAAGAUGCAAUUCUUCUACUCUUUUUAGCUUUUUAGUCUUUUCAGCUGCUUUGGAUAUACAUUAUAGCCGGUCUUUCUCCCACCACAUCAAAUUUAAUACUUUUGUGGUUUGUGGAAAUGGUAAGCACCCCAGGGUACCCCCCAGGGUACAGGUGUUCUGUUAUUUGACUUGAUUUGAAAGAAUUUGGUCCCAAAACUGAUGGACUUGCAGGUGUACGAUUUGAGAGUGGCUUGGUUACCUUUGUCGGUCUCUUUUAGCUCGUGUAUUUAGGUCGUCACCUCAGUUUGGUGUCACACUACUCACGUACGAACUUCUUCAAAGAUUGUUUAAAGUGGAUUUCAGUGGAAAGGGGUGAGUACACAAUUUUGAAUUGUCUUCAAAAAAUUAAAAAUUGACCUUAGACUAGUAGAUCAAUUGGUACUCUCACGGCUGCAAAAAUAUGUCACUAAGAAAAUGAAUUCUUGAAACGUCAUCGCAAAACGUCAUUAUCGCCCAAAAUGUCAAUGUAUUUAGCCCGAAAGUAAGUAGUAAUAGACGAGGGGUUCUACGCAGUGGUGGAGGUGGUGGAGUGACGUCACAAUAGCUCAGGGGAUUAAAAUGAUGAGAUCAUCAUCUAAAAAUAUAAAGGUAGUCUGUAACAAUCUAGGGAGUUGACGUCAUCAAAAAAACCGAUGAGAUCAUUAUCAAAAUAAUCAUUUAAUAUGGUAACUGGUGAGAUGACAUCAUCAGCUUAAAUUAGAAAGGGUUUUUUGACAUGGUCAGCUAUUUUCUAUAAUCUAUUACAUCAUUAUUUAUCUUUAUCUUUUGAAGACCAUAUGAAUGAAGGUUAUUAUUAAUAAUUAUUAAUUAUUAUUGUCAUCCAAAACGAAAAUGGGUAUUAUUCGGUCUUUCAUAAGAAUAAAGCUUAAUUAUUAUCGUAUGAUCGCGAGGGUCAUAGUUCCCCCCUCAAAAGAAAUAAUGUUUCUCAAGAAAACAUUUUGCGACCUCCCAGGGUCAACAAUUUCCAAGCUUAAUUAAAGAACUCCAUUCUGAAGUAUUUCUAAAAGUUAAUUUGGGCAGACUCACGCAGGAAGAAUGGGGACAAUUAUAUGCUGUUAUUCAUCCCACUGUACUUUAAUAAUCAAAUUUGAGAGCUGUAAUAUAAGGCGAUGAUGUAGGCAGUAAAAUCAUGUAAGACUCGAACAUUGCGAAGUGAUUAGAGCGAUGGGUUGUUGUCCACCAUCGACCACUUUUGGACAUCGUUAGUCAGUUAAUUAUGCGAGUUCGCAAGCCCACCUUUGCAUACAAAUUAGUUCAGCUGUGCAGGAAAAGCCCCAAGAGAGUACCUUCAAGUGACUUAUUAUCAUAAAAACAAUAAAAACAUAAAAUAACUUAACAAGGAUGAAUUGAAACAGGUGACUUACAAUUGCUAUCAAUAAAAUCAGACACGAGAUACCGUUUUAAAAACUUUAUUAAAAACCAAUAACAAAAAGAGUCAAAUACACAGCGAUUUGCAAGGAAAAGGGCGGAAUGAAAAUUAAUCCUAGUUUUGACUGACUAUUACAAAUCCGUUUUCUCCCUUCUAUUACGAGGAAUAAUAAAUAACCCUUCCGUGUCUACACAAUUUUCCUAUGGCCUCUAAGCCAAGAGUUCGACUUUCUUUGUUUCUUGCGCUUUGUCUUGUUCUUUGUAGUCGGUCUUUUAGCUUUUGCUUUAAAAGAGGCUUCCUUUCUUCGUGAUCUUGACAGUUCGUACACCGUUUCUUGUGUCUGUAAUGGACUGCGAGUACUAGUUGGGCGAUUUUUUCCGGAAUUAUUCGCUUCACUUUCGUAAACGACGACUUUAACUUUAGGUUGCAGUCUCGCCUCUUGUAAAUACUGUCCGGUCGCUGUAUGUGGUCUAACUGAUGAACAUCCGCGAGAUGGUUAGCUAAUCUGACAAGGUACUUCGCCCCGCACCAUGAAAUCGGACAGUUUCUGCAAACUCUCUUGUAAACCAUGUUCAAAACACUGUUGACAGUUCGAUGGCUGAACACAAAUGACUUCUAUUUCGCAAAUAGUCAGGUUAUACAGAGUAUUAGAAAGGCCAAACACAGGCCAGAAAGGCCAUAACCAGGCCAGAAAGGCCAAAGCCAGGCCAAAAGGAGACAAACGGGCCAUUUUCAGUCAUGUUUUUUUUGCACACACGCGUGGGUGUCGCGCGUCGCUAGUCACGCAACAGCUUUCAAUAUUGGAAUCAUCAUCUUUAUUAAGUGUAAUCACAAAUAACAGUGCCUGAUUAAAAAGUUUUGUUCUUCCUUUAGUAAUUGGUAUUUCAAAUUUCAGAUUUGUUAUUUAUCGCACAAGUUUACUGUUAUUGUUAUUAUGAUCCAGUCAUCAAUAAAACACACUUUAAGUGUGGUUGGUUAUGGCUUUUACUGAAAUGCAACAAUACAAAGGUCCAGGAAAUAAAAAAUUCUGUAACAUUCAUAGUAGGUCUAGCCUUGAUCUUGUGGAAUGGGCUGCUUUUGGUACAAUCGAUUGAGUAAGAAUUUUCGCUUAUCGAUAGCAAGUUCUGUCGAUUCCAACCAAUCAAAUCCUUCUGUGUCUUUAAGCUCUUUUUGAGUUUCCAUCACUUUUUUGAAGGUGGGAUCCUUUUUCAUUGCACGCAUCCACUGUAGAUUCUCUAAGAGUACUUUUCUCAGCUCUUUUCUGUAAACAGGAAGAAGAGCGUUCUCGGCUUUCACGCGGGCCACAUUUUCUGAAUCUCCGUUCCCUUCGUACUCACUGAUCAAUGCGUUCAGCUGAGUGUCAUGGCGUUUCUCGGCUUCAUCAAAUAUGCGUGACCAAGGCUCUAAGCUUUCUAAUUCUUCUUGGGAAGACUCCGUUCCUUGGCUAGAGACUUCGCUUUCUUCGCUGUCUUCAUAAUUUCCAGCACCUUUUUGAAUAAGGUUGUAAUGGAGGUCACUGUUCCACAUCUUUUUAGUUUGAACCGCACGCGUUCUGAUAGGAAACCAAACAUCAGAAAGUAACGCGUCUCUUUUAUAGAAAAUGGGUGAAGGCAGGGUUACUAAGUGUUCUCCUUGAUAAAUAAUAAUACGUCUUACAUCGACCAGCUAUUUAGAAGAUCAGACGGGCCAAAGCAAGGCUAAAAAGGCCAAACGAAGGUAAAAAGAGCCAAACGAAGAUCAAGACUAGACUUGCUAUGAAUGUUACAGAAUUUUUUAUUUCGUGGACCUUUGUAUUGUUGCAUUUCAGUGAAAACUGUAAACAACGUAUCAAACUAUUGAUGACUUGAUCAUAACAACAAUAACAGUAAACUUGUGCGAUAAAUAACAAAUCUGAAAUUUGAAAUACCAAUUACUAAAGGAAGAACAAAACUUUUUAAUCAGGUACUGUUAUUUGUGAUUACACUUAAUAAAGAUGAUGAUUCCAAUAUUGAAAGCUGUUGCGUGACUAGCGACGCGCGACACCCACGCGUGUGUGCAAAAAAAACAUGACUGAAAAUGGCCCGUUUGUCUCCUUUUGGCCUGGCUUUGGCCUUUCUGGCCUGGUUAUGGCCUUUCUGGCCUGUGUUUGGCCUUUCUAAUACUCUGUAUAACCUGACUAUUUGCGAAAUAGAAGUCAUUUGUGUUCAGCCAUCGAACUGUCAACAGUGUUUUGAACAUGGCUUACAAGAGAGUUUGCAGAAACUGUCCGAUUUCAUGGUGCGGGGCGAAGUACCUUGUCAGAUUAGCUAACCAUCUCGCGGAUGUUCAUCAGUUAGACCACAUACAGCGACCGGACAGUAUUUACAAGAGGCGAGACUGCAACCUAAAGUUAAAGUCGUCGUUUACGAAAGUGAAGCGGAUAAUUCCGGAAAAAAUCGCCCAACUAGUACUCGCAGUCCAUUACAGACACAAGAAACGGUGUACGAACUGUCAAGAUCACGAAGAAAGGAAGCCUCUUUUAAAGCAAAAGCUAAAAGACCGACUACAAAGAACAAGACAAAGCGCAAGAAACAAAGAAAGUCGAACUCUUGGCUUAGAGGCCAUAGGAAAAUUGUGUAGACACGGAAGGGUUAUUUAUUAUUCCUCGUAAUAGAAGGGAGAAAACGGAUUUGUAAUAGUCAGUCAAAGCUAGGAUUAAUUUUCAUUCCGCCCUUUUCCUUGCAAAUCACUGUGUAUUUGACUCUUUUUGUUAUUGGUUUUUAAUAAAGUUUUUAAAACGGUAUCUCGUGUCUGAUUUUAUUGAUAGCAAUUGUAAGUCACCUGUUUCAAUUCAUCCUUGUUAAGUUAUUUUAUGUUUUUAUUGUUUUUAUGAUAAUAAGUCACUUGAAGGUACUCUCUUGGGGCUUUUCCUGCACAGCUGAACUAAUUUGUAUGCAAAGGUGGGCUUGCGAACUCGCAUAAUUAACUGACUAACGAUGUCCAAAAGUGGUCGAUGGUGGACAACAACCCAUCGCUCUAAUCACUUCGCAAUGUUCGAGUCUUACAUGAUUUUACUGCCUACAUCAUCGCCUUAUAUUACAGCUCUCAAAUUUGAUUAUUAAAGUACAGUGGGAUGAAUAACAGCAUAUAAUUGUCCCCAUUCUUCCUGCGUCAGUUCCAGAUCCUCUGCAAAUUUCAAGAACACCAAGAGUCUGCCCAAAUUAACUUUUAGAAAUACUUCAGAAUGGAGUUCUUUAAUUAAGCUUGGAAAUUGUUGACCCUGGGAGGUCGCAAAAUGUUUUCUUGAGAAACAUUAUUUCUUUUGAGGGGGGAACUAUGACCCUCGCGAUCAUACGAUAAUAAUUAAGCUUUAUUCUUAUGAAAGACUGAAUAAUACCCAUUUUCGUUUUGGAUGACAAUAAUAAUUAAUAAUUAUUAAUAAUAACCUUCAUUCAUAUGGUCUUCAAAAGAUAAAGAUAAAUAAUGAUGUAAUAGAUUAUAGAAAAUAGCUGACCAUGUCAAAAAACCCUUUCUAAUUUAAGCUGAUGAUGUCAUCUCACCAGUUACCAUAUUAAAUGAUUAUUUUGAUAAUGAUCUCAUCGGUUUUUUUGAUGACGUCAACUCCCUAGAUUGUUACAGACUACCUUUAUAUUUUUAGAUGAUGAUCUCAUCAUUUUAAUCCCCUGAGCUAUUGUGACGUCACUCCACCACCUCCACCACUGCGUAGAACCCCUCGUCUAUUACUACUAAAGUACUAACUGAAGACACUAUUUUUACGUCUCCCACUGGAGAAGUGACCGCCAUUUUACGUGGUCAUCCGAGCCACGCGAAGGUCAAGCCUUUGGCAGGGCGUGCAAAAACAAUACCUUCGUUUCUCAGAUAUUUUAAGACCCUGAGUACUGGUUCGGUCCUGGAAAUCGAACCCGCGACUUCCUGCUCUGCAGUCAACGCUCUUCAUUCAUUCCCAAUGAUAUUUUUUUGUCCCUCGACAGAGUGGUGGUACACGAAGCCUGGAGCGAGAAAAAAGCUUUCAACCCAGACGUAUCUCUUCAUCCUGACCACAUCGGCGGCAUGAGACUAGCUGUGGCUUCCUUUGCGGGCAUCGAGACUAAGUUUGGCUUGUGCUUACCCAAGUUCUCGCACACUUCAGGACAAAAGAAAACUUGAUAAGAAAUUCGCCAAACAAUCGAAAUAUGAAGAUCCAAGGAAAAAAUAUAGCGGGGAACUUACAGACGCAUUUGCAGCUUACAGACGCGUUAGCUAAUCGUUCGCUUUACUGCGAGUGAUUCAUGACACUUGUGUGGGCUAAAUACUUUACUAGCUGAAAUACUCCUACAACUGUUAAUCAAUGCGCUGAUUUCACCUGGACGAGUUAUUUGGUGUAGAAGCGUUAUUAUAUUGUAACAAACACGAAUAAUAUACGGCAUUAAUAUUUUUUUUGUAUGACAAUAGCAGUUUCUCAGCAAGUGAUGUGCUAAUCAUCGAAACUAAUAGGGAGGGAGAGAGUGCAGAAAGGUACUUAGACAAAUUACUGUGUUAUUGGUUGGUCAUAGAAUUUCUUCGUUCCUAUAAUCAAGUUUUAUUUAACAAUUAUUUAGUCUUUCGAAGCAAGUGAUACAAAAAUGGGCAGGGAUAUACUGUAGAAAACUAUUUUUAUUAUUUUGUCCAGUUAGUUUGCAAUAUUUACUAGUGAAUGACGGCUACUGUACAUACCACCUCUGACACACUAGUGAAGAAGUGAAGUAUUGUUUAGGUCAGUACAUUGUGAUCGAUUUGAUAAAGGAACAAACGAUGAGUUUCGCAUUAGUUGAAACAAAGCAUUUCGUUUUAAUGUCCUUUAGACAAGAGGCUCCUUGAAAUGCGGCCUUUAAAACAGUGAAGAAGUGGUUUAGGGUACUAUCCACUGCGUAAAUGAAAUCUCCAUCCAGUGACUUAUUCCCGCUUGUGUUUACAUUCGCCUGGCUGAUGAAACAAUGUUUUAGUUUUACGUUUUGGAACAACUGCAGUCGGGACCCUACAUUUUUACGAAGAUUAAGAACCCUCCGAGUUAGUUCCUUGAAUUACUGGACCAAAAACCAACGCUUGGCAACAGUUGUUUUUUUUAAGUGUUGGCUCAAAUAGGCCAUAGCCAAAAAAUACGUAUAUGUAGUUCUCAGCGACUUGAUAGUAAUCUUCACUUUCUAUGGUUUGAAUUACAUGUUGGUAUAAAAAUGAGGCAACUUAUUUGAAGCCCUUUUUCGAAUAAGUGAGUCAUGCAGGAAAUGGGUAUGAAUUGACACGUUUAAUUUCAUGUGUUUGAAAAAGUAUUUAUUUGCGAUGAAUCCUAUAAGCGGGGUAGAAGGUUUCAUUUACAAUCUUUGUUGCGGAAAAAAUGGCUACGGGAACUAAAUAUUAAACCGUAUCGUCCGUUUUUUCGUUUACGAAGAAAACUCGCCCGUGUGAAUGGGAAAACUUGACAAGUUUUUCCUUCUCAAGUUUUCCCAUGUUUGGACAAAGUGCAUCUUUGAUAACUAUGCGUCACUGAAAAAAAAAAAACUACCAAUAAAAUGC